AUGGCAGUCAUGAACUCCAAGUGCUUGGGCAAUGCUUUGGUCCACUGCGAGGGGUUGAUCACAAUCACAACGAAGGAUCCUUCGACUGUCCCGACUGCCUCGGCCUUAGCCCCUGCCGGGCCUGCCGCAGUCGAAAAAGGUGAUAAGGGUUAUGAGUUAGGGCCUGUGGCAGUCCAAGGAGGUGAUAAAGAUCAUGAUCUCUUGCAGUCCAAAUGCUUGGGCAAUGCCUUGGUCCAUGAUGGGUUGAUGACAUCGACAGCAACGAACGAUUCUCCACCGCCACCGACCUCAGCCUUAGCCCCUGCCGGGCCUGCGGCAAUGGAAGGAGGUGGGAAAGAUGAUGAUGAUACCCUACCAUUAGACUUUUGGGGGAAUGAUGACCUGGCAGUGGCAGCUUCAUGUGUUCACUUGCCCUUAGAACAGCUUGAUGGAGUCGAAGUGGAUUCGGGUGUCGGCGUCACGGUUCCAGCCAAGCGCCAGAAGCUGAUUUAGAUUUUGAUUGGGCACCGAGAAAAAGAUUUGAAAA